GGCGCAAGAAUAAGCAGUUAGCAAACAGCUGCACUGGUCGCACCACACCGUCACACAGGUUAGUGAGAGAGACUGAGCUCCAUCAGCAACACAAGCCCUCAUGGACCGCCUGCUGUGUGACUGUGUGAUAGCUUUGGCUGUACUGCUGUGUGUGGCCACACAGAUGUUGUGCCAGCUGUGUGACAGGCCCUGCCUUUGUCCCAGACCGGCCCCCCAGUGCCCCUCAGGAGUACCACUGGUGCUGGAUGGCUGCCGGUGCUGCCAGGUGUGUGCCCGACAGCAAGGCGAGCCCUGCACAGAGAUGUUUCCCUGCGACAGCCAGAGAGGACUGCAGUGCGACUACAGCGCCAGCUUCCCUGGGGACGCCGGGGAGUGUGUCGGUCAGGAGGAUCUGGGCUGUAAAGUCAACGGCAUCACUUACAAUGAGGGCCAGUCAUUUCAGCCCUCCUGUGACACUUACUGCCACUGUAGAGGUGGAGGGGUGACCUGUGUACCAGCUUGCCCUCUGACUGGCCGUCUUCCCACGACAGACUGCCCCAACCCACAAUACAUUCGACUGCCAGGGAAAUGCUGCAAGGAAUGGGUGUGCGAAAACCUCGAGAACACAGUCAUUCAGGAUGCCAUCACAGCCAUGAGACCUGCCAGGUUGUGGCCAGCUCUGCCGAGGGAUCAUCCUCUUAACAGACUAGUCCCAGCUGCCUCCACCUGUACAGAGCAGAGCACCCAGUGGAGUGCCUGUUCCCAGAGCUGUGGGGCUGGGGUCUCCACACGGGUUUCUAAUCAGAACCCAGCCUGCAAGCUGCAAAUGGAAACUCGACUUUGUAAAGUGCGGCCUUGCCAUACAGUUCAGCCUCCUCCAAGGAAUUCCAUGUGGGGUCAGCAGGGGCGGUGCAAGGCCAGCUACACAUCACCAGGCCCCAUUCGACUCGUUCACCAGGGCUGCUACAGCACUCGUGCCUACAAGCUCCGGUACUGCGGACAGUGCACUGACUCCCGCUGCUGCACGCCUUAUCAAACCACCACUGCGGAGGUGACCUUCCACUGCCCCACCGGCAGACUGAUACAGCGAGCUGUGAUGAUGAUCCACUCGUGUGCUUGUCAUAACAACUGCCCCUACUCACCUUACAGUAACCCUGCUCUGUGGGGAUUCAGGCCCUGAUUGGCCCAUAUGAGCACUGAUUCAUGCAGAACAAUAAGACUUAACUGACUGAUUUGGGGGCCGGAAGUGAGGGAGACCUUAUGGAUCCACAUAGGAAUACUCCAAUCAAUGGACCUUGAAAGACAAAAAGAUAAUUGUAGAUACAAACUGUGAUGGAGUUGGGAUGAACGUUUAUCUUCACACAUGUACAAUCUCAAUCUGCACUUAUUGACAACUCUUUUACGCUCAUACAAAUUAGGACGUCAUACUGGUGGUUUUUACGUCAUCCAAUAAUCAAAAUUAUCUGGCAAAUCUAAAGAAAGCAAGCAAGUAAACUUAAUUUACAGUACAGUACAGCACAUUUUAACACAGAAGUUACAAAGUGGUUUACAGGAAGAAGAACAGGGAAAGAGGGAGAUAUAAGAGAUAUAGAAGACAAUAAGUGUAUAACCCACAAAGUAAAGGUUAUAGAAUUAAGAAAACAAGUGGAUUUUAAGAAAGAUGUGCACUGACUUGCCUUCUUAUCCUCUUAGAGGUCAGAGGGCACAUAAUCCUUUAAGUACAGAGGUCCCUGAUCCCUGAGGUCAUCAUGCCUUGUAGGUCAAAAGUGAAAUUUAAAAAUCCAUAUUCAAAGUGUCAGGGAGCCAAGAGAGAAACUAAAGCAGGUGAUUAAUAUUUAUUUUUUGCCAUUUUCAGUCAAGAUAGAGAUAAUUUGCUGAGGCUGUUGAAUAAGACUGUAGUAGUGUUGGCGUGAUACGAUAAAAACAGGGGUGACUUUUUCUUUUUACUCAAAAUUUAGGUUGGGUUAGAAGUGGGCCAAUUAAAGGUUGAAUGUGUAACAUUAGAUUUAGGAUCUAUUGGCAGAAAUUAAAUAUAAUAUGCAUGACUAUGUUUUCAUUAGUGUAUAAUCACCUGAAUGUAGGAAUCGUUGUGUUUUUUGUUACCUUAGAAUGAGCCUUUUAUAUCGACAGACG